GGAGAGAGUUGGGUUGGGUUUCUUCUUUCUUUCUCUUUCUUUCUAUUAAGUGGUGUGCCCCCGUGUGCGUGUGCGUGAGUUUAAGCGUCCACCACCACCACCAUCCAUGGCGUCGAGGGUGGUGCGCUAGUCCCCUCGCUCGUUUCGUUUAGCAAAAGGUGGCAAGCAAAGAUUUGGAGGCUUUUGGGGCGCCGCUCUCGCCGAUUCCAGCGAUUGGGGAACUGGGCUGUGCUCGCCGCCGCGCCUCGCAAGGUUUAGCGCCGACCCAUUUGCUCGGCCGCCUCCAUUGGAUCCCAGGGAAUGCUCCAAAACGCUACACGGCUAGAGCGCUAGAACACAUCCAGGGGGGAGCUUUGGAUUUGGAGCAAAGGGGAAGAACAGUGGUAGGACAGUAGCUCGCGGACAAACUAGCCGCGGGGAAGGGAUCCAGGAAAGCUUGGAGCUUACGGCGUGAACAGGAAGGAAGGGUGCGUAGAAAUCGAGCUUUUGCUUUGGUGGAGGGCCGGGAAGGAGAAAAGCUGUGCUGCUACAAGUCGAUUCGAGGGUGGGACUAGCUUUACUGUCGUUUUGGUGGAGACUUUGAAAGAGCUUUAGCUGGAGGCCAUGGUCAGCAUUCGAAAACGAAAGCACCUGAGUGAGAAAUGUAGGCUGCAGCAAGCUUCCAACAAGUGUAGUGAAAAUGUGGAGCCUCUGGCGCUGGCCAUGUAUCGGCCGGAUGGAACAGACUUGCAGGAGUACAUAGGCAAGCCACCACCUCUCGCUUUCAAAACCCCCUUCAAAGACAAGGAGCUCAAGAAGCGAAAGCUACACCGGAGGAAGCAAGUGAAUAACCAGGAGCCGUGCAUGCUGCGGGGAGUUUAUUUCAAGAACUUGAAGUGGCAGGCUGCCAUCAAAGUUGGGAAGAAACAAGUCCAUCUGGGAACCGUCAACACCCAAGAAGAGGCUGCUCAUCUCUACGACAGAGCUGCUUAUAUGUGUGGAAGGGAGCCAAACUUCCAACUCACAGACGAAGAGAAACAAGAGCUACAAUCGUUCGAGUGGGAGGAGUUUUUGGCACUCACUCGCAAGGCAAUUGCUCACAAGAAGAUGCAAAAUAAGCUCGAGGCUCAAAUGCGUAGAAGGCAAGCCGCCAUGGCCGUCAAGACGGAGCAAAGUUGAAUGGAUGAAAGAGAGAGCACACGUCCAUUCUUUGAUUCGUUUUCCUUGCCUUGGGUUUGUAUACUAGAUCCACAGCUAGAGAAGAAGGAAAAGCUGGAGAGAGGAAGGGAGAUGGAUGGUUUUUGUUGUAGAGCGAUAGAUGAUCCUAGCAUUGUGUACUAAAAGGAACUCAAGAGGUUGGAUCCACAAAAAAUCUAGUCUUUCUUUUCUA